UUGGAGACCCAAGCACGGCAUUCGCACUGCACAUCGGGAUCCACCAACACACCCACGGACAGUCGACGGCUCCUUUAAGAAAAACUAAGUAAGAAAAUAUCACCCCUCCUUCUUCAGAUCUCCACUUGGAUGUUAUUGCAUCAAAGAAAACCUUCACUGGAGUUGCAAGUGAUCGAGGACACGAUGGGGACUGUUUUUGAACAUCUUUACAUGAAUAUCUGAAGAAUUCCAAGUGAGGGAAGAGCGCGACGAGUCAUCAUUAAUUAAGCAACUUGACAACCUCGAUAUUGAUUGACAGCUUGCUUGUUGAGCGAGACUAGAGUAUCAAUGUUUUUUUUCUUUUUCUGUAAGGGGCAUUUUACACCAGUCUCAAGCGUGAAGUCGUAGCCGAGUGUCGCUUGUCUAUGAACGGUCUCCAGGAGAAAGAGAAGGAGCUCUGUACUGGAUUGUGGUGUUUUUAUCUACUGCUGGAUUUAUGCUGGCAGUCUAGCAACCAUCCUCUCUGGAGAGACGAGCACAAUAUUCUUAAUCUUGCAUUUGGAGUUAGGUGUUUAUUUUCCCUCAGCCCUGGCCUCGUAGAAGACGUUUAGAGUCCGAUUGGAAUCGGCGAGAGUGACAGGCCGAUGGCGCAACGGUAUGAAGACCUUCCCCACUAUGGAAUGGACGGAGUAGGGCUGCCCUCGACUAUGUACGGGGACCCUCAUGCAGCGCGCUCCAUGCAGGCGGUUCACCUGAACCACGGGCCCCAGUUCCACUCGCACCAGUACCCGCACUCAACACACGCCAGUGCCAUACCGCCCAGUAUGGGCUCCUCAGUCAACGACGCUAUAAAAAGAGACAAAGAUGCCAUUUACGGGCACCCUCUUUUCCCACUUCUAGCUCUGAUUUUUGAAAAAUGUGAAUUAGCAACUUGCACGCCGAGAGAAACUGGGGUCGCUGGAGGCGACGUGUGUUCCUCCGAGUCUUUUAAUGAGGAUAUAGCAGUAUUUUCAAAACAGAUUCGAUCGGAGAAGCCUAUAUUUUCAUCAAAUCCAGAAAUUGAUAACUUGAUGAUACAAGCAAUUCAAGUAUUACGGUUUCAUCUGCUCGAGCUGGAGAAGGUACACGAGUUAUGCGAUAAUUUCUGUCAUCGAUACAUCAGCUGCUUGAAAGGAAAAAUGCCCAUUGAUUUGGUCAUAGACGACAGGGACGGUGGAAAUAAAUCUGACAGUGAAGAUUUUACAAGAUCGUCUGGGCCUCUUGAUCAGAUCUCGUGGAGCAGAGACCACGAUGACACGGCAUCAGUUCGCUCGGCGGGGACGCCCGGGCCCUCCAGUGGGGGACACACGUCACACAGUGGGGACAACAACAGUGAAGAAGGUGACUGCAUGGACAACGGGGUGGCCUCUCCCAGCACUGGGGACGACGACGACCCUGACAAGGAAAAGAGGGAUCGUCACAACAAGAAGCGAGGCAUCUUCCCUAAAGUGGCCACCAACAUCAUGAGGGCGUGGCUCUUCCAGCACUUAACGCAUCCUUACCCUUCGGAAGAGCAGAAGAAACAACUGGCCCAGGACACAGGGUUAACGAUCCUACAAGUCAACAAUUGGUUCAUCAACGCGAGACGAAGAAUUGUACAGCCCAUGAUCGACCAGUCCAAUAGAGCAGUGACUGGAGGAGGGCCCUACACCCCAGAUGGUCAACCAAUGGGAGGGUUCGUUAUGGACGGCCAGACACACAUGGGAAUCAGACCACCUGGGCCCAUGGGUGGGAUGGGCAUGGGUAUGGGCGUGGAGGGACAGUGGCACUACAUGUGACCCCUUGCGGACUUAGCACAGAGCCCAAAGGGACGCACUCAGAACUGCCAGGUAUUCCCGAGGACGGCGUGUCCCAUGGCGGUUGGAUCAGCACGGAUAUGGGCAUCACUCUGACCUUCACUGGUGCCCCUACCAUCACCUCUACCCUCCCACCAACCAGCCCCACCGCUGGGGCAUGAUCUCUCAGUGUUGCCCCUCCCUCCGUGACUCUUCCGUGACCCAGCGAUAUCAAUUGCGCUGGUGCCCAGCCCAAACUCACCACCAUCACCUGACUGUUUGUCAGUAGGGCUGGUGCCACCCCCCCCCCCCUUUCCAACUUCCCCCAUUUCCUUCAAGUGGUUCAGUCUGAGUAGCCACUGUUGCUGAACCACCAUCGUGACUAUGAGAGGCCUUGGAAACCCUAUCAUGCCUUGUGAAGACUUCUGACAUUGUGAAGACUUCUGACGUUGUGUGGACUUCUGACGUUGUGAAGACUUCUGACGUUGUGAAGACUUCUGACGUUGUGAAGACUUCUGGCGUGGUGAGGACUUCUGACGUUGUGAGGACUUCUGACGUUGUGAGGACCUCUGACGUUGUGAGGACUUCUGACGUUGUGAGGACUUCUGGCGUUGUGAGGACUUCUGGCGUUGUGAGGACUUCUGACGUUGUGUGGACUUCUGACGUGAGGACUUCUGACGUUGUGAGGACUUCUGACGUUGUGAAGACUUCUGACGUUGUGAAGACUUCUGACGUUGUGAGGACUUCUGACGUUCUGAAGACUUCUGACGUUGUGAAGACUUCUGACGUUGUGAGGACUUCUGACGUUGUGAGGACUUCUGACGUUGUGAGGACUUCUGACGUUGUGAGGACUUCCCUUCUGGGGACUACAAUUACUGGAGCUCUCCAGUGGAUACUUCAAUACUCUGUUAAUUCGACCGAUACAAACAAACACUUAGUCCUUCACUUUUCCCUUCUCUGCUGCAUUGCAUGGACAGUUAUAGAUGGUGAAGACACUCUUGUCUUGGCAGUGGACUUGUAAGCAAGAGAAGAAGCCGAUGUCCGUAUUUUACUGGGGGGUCUUUUUAAACAACAAACACCCUGGAAACCAUUCUUCUUUUUUUUUUUUUAAUAAUGAAAUUGUUGUAAUUGUGGAAAAUUACAAUAAGGUGAGGCAAUAGUGUCCUGUUUACAGUUUUACCACAAACUCUCUACGGACGAGUAACGAUAACUAUUGCAAGUGCUCUGGUAUUGCUUUGCCGUACUGUGCUGUUUUUUUAAAAAAGGACUUGACUUGUCUAAUUCACACUAUGUGUGUGAGUCUUUUUUCAUAGACUUUUAUCUCCUACCCCCACGAAUCUCUUUGCGUUUGAAAAUAAAAAAUAAGUUACAGACCCA